AUGAAAAGAAGUCUGCCUGCUCCUGACUUAAUUUACCGCUUUCCAAACUCUAUGAUCUUCCUACCAUUGACCUUGAGAAGUAAAGUGACGAUCAACAAAAGUCCACCUAAGUUGCCUCCAGCUCCGACUAGGCCCGAGAUAGCACCGACUAUCGGUGGGUUAACGAAAGGGACGAUACCAAAUGUGGUGCCGGCGCAUGCCUGGAAAGAUGAUUUGCAUUCGUACUUCCGACAGACGACUACUAAACAUUUGUGUCGUCCAGAAUCGGCAGGGAACAAAGGCAGCGCCGAGGAAGCCAAUAAAGAAACGUAUGAUUAUCAGACUGGUUGCACUCCUGCGAGUCUGGGUCCGACAAGCAUACGGAAGAGAACGGUAGUGGUGACUGAGGCUAUGUUGGAGUUAUUAACGUCGGUUAGACUAAGGCUGAGAUCUUUUCUUAUUGUUGGCAUCAGUGGUGAAAUAGCGAACCAGCCAGUGAAGGUGACAUUAAAAGAGAGUCAUGAGAAGUGA